GGCUCUGCUGUCGGCAACCGACUUGUUUUGCACCUCCGACCAUGGAUUCCUGAAGAAAACCAUUCUUACAGACCGGACGCCUUGGUAUUUAUUGUCACAGUUUGAAAAGAAAAUGGUGAAGCUUUACAAGGAGACCAGGGUCGACCUCCGCCCAUUCUCGCCCAAGACCACCGUCAACAUCCAGAUCCCAACACAAGAGAGCAGCGCGCCGCGUCGAGCUCGGUUUGCCGUGACGCCCUUCGCCGGCCGCGAUAUUACGAUUGCUAAGGAUGAAGAAGAAUUUGCCAGACGGUUCUUGGCCUCCCAGAGCUCGGUUUACUUUCGCAAGCGCAAGAUCUACCCUCGGACGUUUCUAUGGAGGGUGGUCGAAGGGAACCGGGUGCUAGAGAUUCAGUGUACGGAUCUGGCGAAGAGCGGCGUGGAUCACAGUGAAUAUGUCAAUACUCUGCGCUUGGAUUUUCAGGAAGAGAUCAUCCCUGCGGGCGUCGCCUUCGCAGACUUGGAGGAACACGAGGUGCUGAACGUGUUUGUGAUCACGGUCUCAAAACGACUGCACACCCUCACACUGCGGCCGGAAAUCUUCCGCAGAGCAGCGGCAAUUGACGAGAAUGUAUCGGACUGGUGCAAGUCGUGCAUUCCAGCGCCAUUGGCGUUUUCUCAUCCUCAUAGACUCUAUGCGAGCAGCCCCUUGGAACUGUUCGUUGCCUUGGAUAACGGCUCGCUCCUACACUUGACCAGGAGGGCUGGUGAUGAUGGCUCGCACUGGUCUCCGCUUACUCUCGACGAACGGACUUGGGGUUCAUCGAUUCGCGGGCUCGUUAAAUGGCACGCACAACCGUCUAUCAAGUUCCAGGGACGAAACCUCGAUCCGAACGUGGCCAAUGCUAUUGCUACAACAUCCGAUCAAACUUAUGUGUUCACCAUCUGCCUGAACCACACUUUGAAAAUCUGGAAUCUUACGACAAAAAAGCUGGUAGCGUCGAGGGAUCUUCUGGACAGAGACAUUCAACAACACGAUGGAUCGCAAUACUCUUUGAAUCCUUCGGAGUCGUCGUUCAUUCGUGUCUUCAACGCUGAGAGAGCCAUUGAUGGUGGGUAUCGAUACUUUGUGGUCACGUAUUCGCCGUUUGAAGAUGGCCGCUUCAAGUUCUGGGCUGUCAAGGGAGGGUUGACAACACAAUUGGUGAUCGAAGAUCUUUUCCCGGAGGCUGUUCUGCGACCUAUUGACCCGGACCCGUCAGGAAAUAUGUUCUGGAGUAUUGCCGAUUUCCAGAUCAAGUCGAUGGAGGAAGGAAAGCGAAUGGAGUUCUGGAUCUUGUGGAGAAACAGUAGCCUCUAUCAGAUCUACACCCUACACUUUGAUUUCCAAACGUUGGUGUCGAAUUGGGAGAACAAUUGGGUAUCAACCGCCCUGGAGACUCGUCGCGAGGAUCCCCCUCCCACACUUGCGUCUGAUACCGUCGAUCCAACUGCGAAGUGGAUGCAGUAUUUCUUGCAGCCUGGAAGAUACCCUACGGAAGUCCUGGAGACAGCUCUGGCUAUCUAUCAAGAAGCGCUAAACCCGCUCUCUGCCUCUGGUCUGCCCAAGGGAAACACACCACUUCAGGAACGCUUAUGCGCAACCAUCACGCCCACUGUAUCCUUGCGCAAGUAUGCCGAGGAUGAUUUGGACUUUUCCCGGUAUGCGACGGAUGUCGAUACGAAAUGGCGUCAGUUUUGGCAGGUUGCAGAAGACCUUAACCGAAGGAGACUCGAUGCACUUUCCCUGGCGUAUGACUCGUACAAUGACUUGUUAUGGGUGCUCCUACAAGACAGCUGCGCGUUGAUCCGCGAAUGUAGCUCUACUGAAUUACUGCUGCACAAUUCUGGCACAGAACUUCGAGAGGGGGCACUCAGGAUCCAAGAUCGCUGGGAACAUAGGAGCGUCGAAUCUGAAAUCGGCAAUUUCUAUGAUCAGGCGUCAAGCCUGAUCCAUAUUGCCUCUGAUUUCCGAAAAAGCUUUUCUGCUGAUCUCGCGGCGGAUUGUUGGGCCGCAUUAGAGGUUGAGAUCUUUUCUGAUCCCAGUGUCUCUGUUCCUGACCGGAUGGCAGAGUUUCAGGCACGAUGCAACUUCGGAGAGCGGAUUUCCGACAAAACGUUUGACGGCCUAUGUGCAGCUUUGAACCAACACAUGAAUAUCUAUAAGCUGCCGAGCAAUCUAUUUGACACCAUCAUAGCUACCAUCCCCAACCAUUUCCAUGGCAAGGACUCGGAGCUUUCAUCAACGCAUUUUGGAAUUGCUGUGAUGGUCAGCGGAGCUCAAGAAACUAUUUUACACACCCGUCAAAUCCUCUUCGAUCUUCUUCUGCUCAUAACAUUCCUUGAGAGUGAAGUGAAUCAGGAGGAGGAUUCUGACUUUGAUUUUGCGGACUUCUACAUCACUCUGGUUGAUAUUCUGAAAGAGUAUGAGAUGAUGGCCUGGCUUUCGGCCAACAUUCGAAAGUGUUCGAGCAGAAUUUCUAAACCAUCUACCGACACAUCUGCCCCGACAUUUUCGCUCAAGGAGCCAGAGUGGCAGGGCAAGAAGGAGAGAGAGGCAACGAUCCUCGAGGACAUGUUCGCCCAUCCCAUCAAACCAUAUCCAAAUGCCAAGAGCCCGCAGAGCCAUACCUUGACUCUUGGUAUCCGUGAUCUGUUAACGUGGGUCACUCGCCAGGGAGAAGUCGCCUUUCCAAAUGCCUUGGUUCAUAUCCAAUGCAACUUGAUUGCCAAUAACAACAUCGAUCUCGCGUACGAUUUCCUUCGAUUCCAGCCCAGCACACCAUGGGCAACCUAUGCCAAAGGCCGCCUAUACUUGUCGAUGUCUGAUUUCGACACCGCAGCGCUCUACUUCCAGAAGGCCGCAUACCUUCUCUCCUGUGGAAGGGCUAUCGGGAAUCUACACGAAAUGUCUUCGACGCUUCUUGACGUUGUUGCCAUGGAUAGUUUCAACAAUGGCCUACCGAAAUAUUUCCAACAUAUCCUCUCCCUCUUUGAGCAAGCUCGAGCGUUCUCGUAUGUGGCUGAUUUUGCCAGCCUUGCAUUACAAGCACUGGAAAGUGAGAACAGAAGCGAGCAGGACCGGGAAUACACCGACAUGCGUACCGAUCUUCUAUUGCGCCUGUUCCAUGCCUCUCUGAAAACCUGCCAGUUUGACCAGGCCUACUCGGCUCUUUCGCGAUACAGAGAUGUCGCCUUGCAGCGCGCCGCCCUUGGCUCUCUGAUUGAGAAAAUCCUCUCUACAUUUGAACCGAGCACGGCCGGUCUUCGGGAGAUUCUUCAUUUCCCUACUGCACUGAUGCCUAAUAUCGCCUCACAUGUGGAUGAAACAUUAGUGUCGCUAGCGAAGAAGCAAUUCUCCUUCACCUCGCUCACAGAUGGCGGGAGGAAAGCUGCGAGUAAUGCACCGGACUACACCAGGCUCCUGCAAGCGUACCGCAUAGCGCGAAACGACUACCGCGGCGCCGCGGAGGUUGCGUAUCGGAAUGUUCAACGCUUACGGGAGGCCCGGGAUGCUCCUUCCUCAGGCCGUGCCCUCAUCAAAGCACAUGACCGAGAAGAGCCACGGCCCGCCGUUGAAGAAGACGAUCCCGAAAGCAAGGAAAUCCGCCAGGAGCUGCUUUCCUUGAUCAACCUGCUUGCCUGUGUGGACAAGAGCGAGGCGUACAUCCUGGUGGAGAGGGAGGAAGAAGAAGAAGGCCAUCAUCAACAACUUUCCACAGACGGACGACGGCGCAGCACCGCCCAGCAGGACGAGGACGGCAAUGUCUUCAUGGAGGACACGGAUCUCAAAUCGUCCAUCGGGUCGACUGGGCGGCGCCUCAGCUCCGGCACUGGAUUCAGGGUGUCUAAUACCCCUGCCUCUGGUCGUCGGGACAGCAAGGCCUCGGGAUCGGGUACCAAUAUUGGGGGACCCGUGCGGCGCGUGAUUGUCACGCUCGACCAUCUGCGCCGCGAGUUCCAGGCCGAGUUGGACCGGGUGAGCCGGAUUGAACGCGGGGAUUGGGAGUUUGGAGUUUUGGACGCCGACGAGGCGGAUAAUGAUGAUACGAUGGUCCUCUCUUAA